ACAGCUGCAACAGGACAGCGAAAAACUACAUCUGCUAGACCAUUAGAGGCAGGCCUAGGCCUUCUUGAAGAUUUCGUUUGGUAAAUUCGAUCGUCAGCUGUUACGAUGCAGUGACUUCAUUGUUUGUGUACACUGGAGUUUGGAUAAAGGAAGAUGCGAUGAAGACCCUCUGCUCGUGCCAGAUCUGUGAGAUCUGUACUUGCGGUCAACACCAUUGCCACAAUCCCACGCCGCCCACAGUUCUGCCUGCAUGCUGCUCCACAGAUGCAGUGAGCCAUCUCACUGAGUACAGGGACAGGUUUCACCACCAUGGCACCAUUGCCAAACGAAACUCCAAAAAGAUCUCUUCUGAGUAUGAAGUGUUGGAGGGAGAAAUAUCAGCUACCACCACCUUCCAGUCAGACUAUGUUGCACAUCCAGUCAAACCGAGACCACCCAAACCCAUCAAAGCACAUGCCGCUCUAACAGGAGUUUUGCUUCUGAAAACCACCUACAUGAAUGAUUUCAGAAUGUACCCUACCCACAAAACCACCACCAGCAAAGUCGAGGAAUACAAUGCACCCACCACAAAAAUGGACACCCGCUCGGUAUAUAAUGAUGUAUAUCGUGCCUGGACACCUCAACCACGGACGUCCUACAAGAAUAUUGACAACCUGAAAGUGAAUGAGGGGAGACUUGACAUGACCACAACUUCCAAAGCUGACUACUGCCACAAGACUGAGCCCAGCACACGUAAGAGCUUCAAACCUGAACAGAAACCGAUGGAGUCUCUUCCAUUUGAGGGCAAAAGUGUCUAUUGCCAGAUGUACGUCCCACACCCGGUUAAGUGGAUUCCCCCAAAGCCAAAGAUCCCCUACAAGCCCAGCAGUGCCCCGUUCCAAGCCAUAUCUACCCAUCGUCAAGAUUACAAGGGUGACAGAUCAUCAGCAGUUCAGUCCUGCAAAGUCAAGGCCACUUGGGAGCCCAGGUCGACACCUUUUGAGGGGAAAAGUGAGUGUCAGGACAGAUUCCAGGUGUGGCCGGUCAGACCUGUCACCAGUGUUCUCAAAGCAGCAGAGUACUCCCCACCAGAGGGCAACAUGGAGCUCAUGUCCACCGCCCACAUGGACUUCAGUGGAGCUCCAGGCCAUCCUGCAACAACAGCACGCCCCAGUAUUAAAGCCUGGAGCAAGGGGGAGCCCUUUGAGGCUUGCUCCGCAACACAAGACCAUUACAGGGCCUGGGAGGGAGCAAAGAGGGGCAAGUCCCUGAAGCCUAUACCAACACGUCCACCUUUGUCUGCCUUUGAGGGCACCACUACCUUCCGUGCCGAAUUCACACCAAAAAAGAGAGAUAAAAUUGCUAGCUUUAAGCCAGUCCAGAGAACGCUGAGCCCGUGUGCUCUGGAGCGUGACACAACCUACCGCAGCACCUAUAGGAAGCACGAGGUCCAACCUUGCCCUGCAUGCCAGCUGCCAGAGGGCCACGUUUUGUCUUUGGGUAAGAAUGGGUACAUUGUGUGCCACAACAUCCCACCAGAGGAACGCAAAGCCAUUACUCGUCCAUCUACUGCCUAUGUUGCUAAAUCAUGCUGCCUCACCAAAACAAGGCCAGUCAGAUCUGCUUGUCUGAACAGACAAAAUAAUUAAUUAGAACCUGUUUUAAUUCCUUAUUGAUAGCUAGUGGCUCUGUGAUUAUGUUUCAUUUAUUUACAGCAAAUAAACAUCUGUGUCAUUUGA